GAGAGAAAUGAGAGGUUUACCGUUGUGUGCUUCCGUGUUGGCUCGGUAGACAGACUGGCUACAAUAAGCCACUAAUAAAGCGCAGGGAGCUAGUGAUUAUAUUAUUAAAGUAAUAAGCACGAGCUGACGUUGUUAAAAUGUUUUUCCUAUCUGCAAUUUUACCUAAAAUAAUCUUGUUUAGAUCUGCUUUAACUGCCGACAGCUAGUUAGCUACACUGCUAGCUUGCGUGUUAAACCUUUGGGCUUUAGCUAACUGUCUUGACCAUGGAAGUUAAAAUGUCAAUCUUUGAUAAAAGUUUCAGUUUACCGUACUUAAAGGCGUGCAGAGGACAGGGGUCAUCAGAAAAGUCAAACCGGGACAGGACAGUGCAACAAGCUGGGUCAGAGCUGAUUGACUGAAGAUGCGGUUGAGCGGUGUGCUAGUGUGUGUGCUCCUGCUUUGUAUCGAAGGGUCCUGGGGUGAUACGCCGGCCAACUGUACCUAUGAGGACCUGGUAGGGACAUGGGUGUUCCAGGUGUCCAAAGGAGGACACGACAAGACUAUCAACUGCUCCGCUGAAGCUACUGGUGAGAGCACCGUAACCGUGACCCUGGAGAAGCUUUUUGUCGCCACAGACGAGCUGGGGCACACUGGCUUCUUCACCCUCAUCUACAACCAGGGCUUUGAAGUGGUCAUCAAUGGGUACAAAUGGUUCGCGUUUUUCAAGUACACUCAGGAGGGCCCUAAAGUAACCAGCUACUGUGACCAGACCCUGCCGGGGUGGGUCCAUGAUGUUCUUGGGAACAAUUGGGCUUGUUUUUUAGGGAAGAGAGUGAAACCAGUACCGCCCAGAACAGAUUUCAAACCAGUCUUCAGCAGUAGGCUGCUCCAGAUGCCAUACAAACACAACCUGGACUUUAUUGAGACCAUCAACUUGGUUCAGAAAUCCUGGAAGGCCAUAGCCUAUUCGGAGCACGAGAUGUAUACUCUGCAGGAGCUGCACUACAGAGCAGGAGGGCCUGCCUCUCGUAUCCCCGUGCGUGUUCGCCCUCUGCCUGUGACGGCCAAUGCAGCCAAGAUGGCGGCUGCUCUGCCUGAGAGCUGGGACUGGAGAAACGUUAACGGUGUUAACUUCGUCAGCCCUGUGCGAAACCAAGAGUCAUGUGGUAGCUGCUACUCUUUUGCCUCCAUGGGAAUGCUGGAAGCUCGUAUUCGAAUCCUCACCAACAACAGCCAGGCUCCCACCCUCAGCCCUCAACAAGUGGUCUCUUGUUCAGAGUAUUCUCAAGGUUGUGAUGGUGGAUUCCCAUACCUCAUUGGGAAGUACGUGCAGGAUUUUGGCGUGGUGGAUGAGUCGUGCUUUCCAUAUGUUGCAAAGAACACUCCAUGUGGUGUUCCUCAAAACUGUGGCCGCAUAUACACAGCUGAAUACAACUACGUCGGUGGAUUUUACGGCGGCUGCAGUGAGACUGCCAUGAUGCUGGAACUGGUCAAGAAUGGACCCAUGGUAGUGGCCUUUGAGGUCUACCCUGACUUUAUGUUCUAUAAGAAAGGCAUCUACCACCACACAGGCCUCGCAGGCCCCUUCAACCCCUUCGAGCUGACCAACCAUGCUGUGCUACUGGUGGGGUACGGCCGCUGUGAUGAGACUGGACAGAAGUACUGGAUUGUCAAGAACAGCUGGGGGGCAGAUUGGGGUGAGGAUGGCUACUUCCGAAUCAACCGGGGAAGUGACGAGUGUGCCAUUGAGAGCAUCGCAGUCGCAGCCAAACCUAUCCCCAAACUAUAAGAAGCUUUAACUCUGGAUCGGAGGAACAAGUGUAUUUGCACUGACUGUAAAUUUCUUCCCUAUGUGCUUAGCUGUAUUUCAUUGUAAGCUUAAGAUGAAAACGCAUUUAGCUUUUAAUGCCAGUAUUCUCCAAGGCUUUUUUUUUUUUUUUUUUUUUUUUUUUUUUAUUAAAAGGGAACUCCAACCAAAAGUAGCAAGUUAAGUUAAAUUAAAGAAUGUAAGCUUUGUAUGGCUAAAUCUAAAACAGUUCAAAUUGAUAAAGCAGCUGUCAAGUGCUUAAAUGUUUACAGUUGUGGAUGGUAAUGGAACCAGUGACUUUCAUUAAUUGGUCAGAAAGAAACAUGAAAUGUUGGUUAGUUUUUGUCAUUCAAGCCUCACCUACAUGACGCUGGCUUAUGGUGUAACACAUAGUGAGAGGCAAGACCCAGCUGAGAAUUACUGUGAAGAGUUUUAUCAUCUGACCUCUGUAGAUGUAGUAAAGUGAGGCAGGUUUAAUCCUUCAAUAAUUAAAAGCAAAAGUAGGCACACGGACUGUUUUUAUGGUUGGAUUUUAAGUAUUACCACACCAUUUACAGCACCUAAAACAGAUUUAUUUUUUUAAUUGCUUGUUUUCAUGCUCUUUUCUUUCUUUUAUCAAAGUCUUAAGUUGAAUUUACUGUCAGCCAUGUACUGUGUUGACUUUAAAAAAAAAACUUUUCUCAUUUUCAGCAGUUACUGAUGAGUUGCCUAUGAAUGAUUUAAUUCUAGCUGAAACUGCCGAUACACACUUGGAAUCCAGGUCUCCUCUAAUUGAGGAGUCUCUGGAAGACUUUGGUUGUUUCUCAGGGGAGAAUUGUAACCUCUUUCUUUUGCAUCAAGCUGAAGCCACAACUGCCAUGAGGUCACUUGUUUUAUGUGAGUGAAUUUAAGGGCUUUUUUUUAAAACACUGCCCCCUGUUGAUUCAUUUGUUGAAAGGUAAAACAGGUAAAAUAAUGAGAUUUGCAGUUUGUUUUCCAUUUGAUGCAAUAAAAUCAUUAUUUCCAAUA